GCAGCGGCAGCAGCAGCAGCAGCAGCAGCAGCAGCAGCAGCAGCAGCAGCAGCAGCAGCAUGGCACGGGAGAGCGGUUCCCCGUGGGCCAUGGGGCUGCUGAAAACCUUCGAGGAGAACGAGUUCGGCAGCUGGGAGAAGAUCGGCUCGGGGGGGUUCGGGCAGGUGUAUAAGGUGCGCCAUCUCCACUGGAAGACCUGGCUCGCCAUCAAGUGUUCGCCCAGCCUCCAUGUGGAUGAGAAGGAGCGCAUGGAGUUGUUGGAAGAAGCCAGGAAGAUGGAAAUGGCAAAGUUUCGCUACAUCCUUCCUGUUUACGGCAUCUGUAAGGAGCCGGUUGGCUUGGUCAUGGAAUACAUGGAAACGGGAUCUCUGGAAAAGCUCCUGGCUUCUGAACCUCUGCCCUGGGAAUUGCGCUUCCGCAUCAUCCACGAGACAGCUGUGGGGAUGAACUUCCUGCACUGCAUGUCCCCUCCGCUGCUCCACCUGGACCUCAAGCCUGCAAACAUCCUGCUUGAUGCCCACUACCACGUCAAGAUUUCUGACUUUGGACUUGCAAAGUGCAAUGGCUUGUCCCAUUCCCAUGACAUCAGCAUGGACGGCUUGUGUGGCACAAUUGCAUACCUUCCUCCAGAGCGCAUCAAAGAGAAAAACAGGUGUUUUGACACCAAACAUGAUGUGUAUAGUUUUUCCAUCGUGGUUUGGGGAGUUCUUACACAGAAGAAGCCUUUUGCAGAGGAAAACAACAUUUUACAUAUUAUGGUAAAAGUAGUUAAAGGCCACCGCCCAGAGCUACCUGCUGUUUCCAAAUCCAGACCUCAUUCAUGUAAUAACUUGAUCAAACUGAUGCAAAAAUGUUGGCAAGAUGAUCCUGGUGAACGGCCAACAUUUCAAGAAAUCACAUCAGAAACAGAAGCCCUUUGUGAAAAACCAGAAGAUGAAACAAGAGAGAUGAUAACUCAGGACCUGGACACCAAGAAUUCCCCAGAGCAUCAGCCUGAGGGGAUGUCUGCAUUAUCCCAGCCGAAACAGGAGCCUGCUCUACCAUCAGUCAAGGAUUACAGUCUCUCAGAGUUGUUGUCCCAGUUGGAUUCGGGGAUUUCACAGACUAUGGAAGGCCCUGAGGAUCUCAGCCGCAGCUCUUCCGAGUCCAAACUUGCCUCCAGUGACAAGCGACUUUCAGGAGUUUCAUCUGUAGAUUCAGCUUUUUCAUCCAGGGGCUCCCUUUCCCUUUCCUUUGAGAGGGAGAGUUCAGAUAUUGGUACUACAGACAUACAGAAGAGGAAGCUAACAGAGGCCAUUUUAUCUGGAGAUACCAGCAAGCUGAUGAAGAUCCUCCAGCCUCAAGAUGUUGAUAUUGUUUUAGAUGGGAACUCCAGUCUCUUGCACUUGGCUGUUGAAGCUGGUCAGGAAGAAUGUGUCAAAUGGCUCCUCCUGUACAAUGCUAACCCUAACCUCACCAACAAGAAAGGAUCCACUCCUCUUCACAUAGCCAUUGAGAAGAAAGUUAAAAGUAUUGUGGAGCUGAUUAUGGCUAGGAAAAUCAAUGUUAAUGCCAAAGAUGAGGAUCAGUGGACUGCUCUUCACUUUGCUGCCCAAAACGGGGAUGAUUUCAGCACCAAAAUGCUGCUUGAUAAGAACGCAUCCUUAAAUGAGGUAGAUUUUGAAGGCAGAGCCCCCAUCCACAUAGCCUGUCAGUACGGCCAGGAGAAUAUUGUGCGGAUCCUGCUGAGAAGAGGCGUUAACGUGAACAUCAGAGGAAAGGAUGACUGGGUGCCGCUGCACUAUGCUGCCUGGCAAGGUCAUCUCCCCAUCGUAAAGCUUCUGGCCAAGCAGCGGGGCGCAAACGUGAACGUGCAGACCAUGGAUGGAAGGACCUCACUACACUUGGCUGCUCAGCGAGGACACUACCGUGUCGCUCGCCUCCUCAUAGACCUGGAGUCGGAUGUCAACAUACAGAACGCGCUCUUGCAGACUGCUCUCCACAUAGCUGCUGAAACUGGCCACACGAGCACAUCGAGGCUGCUCCUUAAACAUGGUGUAGACAUUGAGGCAGCAACAGCAGAAGGAUAUACGGCUCUGCACUUGGCAUCUCGCAGCGGCCACUUAGCAACAACAAAAUUGCUGAUAGAUGAAAGGGCCAGUGUUCUGGCCAGAGGCCCUUUAAACAGGACAGCGUUACAUCUUGCUGCAGAAAACGGGCACUCCGAAGUAGUAGAAGAACUUGUCAGUUCAGAAAAUAUCAAUGUUUCUGACAGUGAAGGGUUGACAGCUCUUCAUCUGGCUGCACGAGGAGGGCACGCAAAAACAGUUGAGGUUCUUCUGAAGCACGGGGCACAUACUGACAUGCAAAGACCCACGCGUCAGACCCUGCUACAGCUUGCUCAGCACAGCAGUAAUAGCUCGGUUACGGUGUUACUAAGUGACACUUAAGCAAAAGGUACAGAACUUGCUACCUUUCUUCCUGGUGGGAGAAGGCUGUUGGAGCUUGACUCACAGGGGCCCUCUCCACUUGUGCAGUGACCUGCUCAUCAGCAGCGUCAGCUGAUGGACUGAGGUGCAACCAGCAGAAGCUACUUGUGUUGGCGUGUGCAACUGAGAGCGCACAUGGACUAAGGCCAGCUGCAAGGUGAAGAGCUGGAGUCUGCCAUGCCAUGGUCUGCAUCAGUCAUUCUGCCUGUGCCUGCCCUGUCUGUAUAGUGACAUUCCCCUCCCAAGGAUGUUGUGAGAGAAGGAUGCAACUUCUAACUUAAGAACUAAGCUUUUCUAUCUUCCUCAAAAAAAAAAAAAAAAAGGAUGGCACAGACUUUUUUAUUUUUUAUUGCAGUGAUGUGUGUUUUGGGCUGAAAGCCUCCAGCUUAAAAUACGCACAACACAAAUCUUCUUGACAUUAAGGCAAGAGAUGAGGAAAGGGCUAUUUAAGAUAUAAUUAAUCAUGUUUCAGUAUCAGAAGGUACUCUUUUUAAUGGAGACCUUGAUUUAUGCAUUUCCAUGUACUUAAAAUUGAUGAGGCAGACAUAUGAACAAGGCAGGAUCCCAACAAUACAUAAGCAGAUGUAAAAGCUUAACACUGGUAUCUUCAUAUACAGUACCACCUUGUAUGUGUUCUAAGAUCAGUAAGCUGAACUAGGUGCUUAGUGGUUUGUCUUAAACAAAAAAGUCAAAAGCUAAAAUUCAUACUGUAACUGGAUGGUAUAUUCUGACACCAUUAUACCAGUUUGUGAAACAAUGUUUGGAGGGGCUGAUGACUAGACUGAUAUACUGUGUAUAUAGUAUUUCUACCUGUUGUAUGCUUUUUUCUACUAAAGAAAAUAGAUUGCUUAGAGUGGGUAUGUUUUAAUACACCUUUUAAUUUUACUCUUUUCAAAGUUCAAAUGUGAUCUGUUAUUAAUAAAAGAUUGUGUUCCAUAUCUGUUCAUUAUUUUAGUUGCUCAAACAACUGAAAAGCCGAUUGGCCAGCAGCAGCACACAACUGUAACGUGUUUAAUGAUGUUGAAGCUCAAACUGUUGCUGUGUAAGACUGUCCUGUUUUAUAUUCCCCUUACCUUCCAUACAAAAGCUAAGGAGCUUGAAUGAACUGGAGGUGUUAUUUACAGAAUGAAUUUAUAGAACAAAACCCCAUAUAACCCUGCCUUUAUUUGUAUAACAUGGUGAUGAACAACUGCAAUGCUUUCCUCUUUACACUAUAGCUGUUCAGGGAGUUUAGUUUUCUUCCCCACCUUGAAGCCAUGUCAAAUGCUUUUGCAUCUUCCCUGGUGGGCUGCUGCCCAGACGGGUACCUCGCCUCUCCUUGCUGGUGAGUUCCCACCAUGUGUGCCACAGCAAGCAGCAGUGUUGUGCUUUGCUCCCCUCUCCCUUGACAGAAAAGCUGCUCCUGCUCAAGCCUUUUUUUUGCAUGUACCUCAUGGCAGUGGUACAAAUGCCAGUGCUACCUGAGUAUCUGAUUUUAUGAGUCAAAGUGCUCCUAUGGGACUCCAGCCCCAUGAAAGUCAAUGCUUGCUUAAAAAACAAAACCCAGCCUUCUGGCAUUGGAAAGGGUAGUGGCUGAGGGUGAUAACCAAAGGAGGAUAGGUGCUUGCAGAGGGGGCAGGGAACCUGCUGCUGUUUGAUACUGGUCCUGACUCCAAGCAGGUACCUCUGUGUGCAACUCUCCUAAUUCAGCCUUUUGAAUUUCAAGAUGGUUCACUGACUGCCUAAUGAAACUAUAUUAAAAGAAGAGAUGGUAAAGCCACCCUCAUGCCGGUAUAUGGAGGUUACAAAGCAAUGUACCUCUUAGUGAAGCACAGCUGUCACAGCAAGCUUCCUAAAGGUGCUGACAGUGAAACUUGUCAUUAAACAAAAGUCAUUUUCUUACUACUUCUUUUGAGACCAAUAAAGUUGUCAUAUUUCA